AUACUGAUGGUGCGCCACUCUCUGCUCAGUCUUCACGCGCAGUCCUGUUACGCACGGAUCCGGCUUUUAGAAGAGGAGAUACUCGCGUUAAAGGAGAGAGCUGUAAGAAGGUCAGACGGUUUCUUCCGUUUUACUUUAAAACCUUCUGCAUAAAAAAAGACCAUGUCAGUAUUGAGCGCAUUGCCAUUCAUGAGGCCGCUCCAUAUGCGCUCUCCUGCGUCGCAGGGCCGCCGCCACACACUGCCGGCCAGCGAGUUUCGCUCCCUCAGCCCGGAGGAUGCCAUCAGUGUGUUCGAGAUUGAGAGAGAAGCCUUUAUCUCAGUGUCUGGUGAGUGUCCUCUCCACUUGGACGAGGUGCGUCACUUCCUGACCCUCUGCCCUGAGUUGUCUCUAGGAUGGUUCGAGGAGGGACGUCUGGUGGCUUUCAUCAUCGGCUCGCUGUGGGACCAGGAGAGGCUUUCCACGGAUGCCCUCACUCUCCAUAAGCCUCAUGGGAGCACCGUCCACAUCCAUGUCCUAGCUGUCCAUCGGACCUUCCGCCAGCAGGGCAAAGGUUCCAUCCUGUUGUGGCGCUACCUGCAGUACCUCCGCUGUCUGCCCUACGUUCGCCGUGCCGUGCUUAUGUGUGAAGACUUCCUGGUACCUUUCUACCGAAAGUCAGGUUUCAAGGUGCAGGGCCCCAGUGAGAUCAGGGUGGGCCCCCUCGCCUUCAUUGAGCUGUUGUACCCAGUCAGGGGCCACGCCUUCAUGCGUCGUAACAGCGGUUGUUGACAGAGGGAUUUAAUGUGGAUUUUCCCUGACUAUCAGCGGUGGUGGGACAACUCUUCUUGUAAAAAGAAUGAGGGGACAUCUGAGCACCUUUGUCAUACACGGGUGACUAGCACAGUGUUCGUGAUCCUCACUGUGAGGGAGACUGGAUCAACAGGCGGCAAGUUGUGCGUUCUGACUGAAUCUGCAGACAGACAUGAACAAAGAGCUGCCAUCCAGCUGCCAACAACAGCUGUUUGGUAAAGGUGUUGAAAACUACAAAUAUAUUAAUCUGUAGUUUAAUUAAAGUAGAAGAAAAAAAAUCCUUAAGAAUGUAAGCAAUUAUUCCAAUUUUACUUUUGGAUAAAACUAUUAUUUUGAAAAACAAACUAUUGUAUUCAAUAGAACCCAGCUGCCUUGUUUCUUUCUUUGCCCUUUUUUUAUAUAACCAAUCUAAUAUUUCUGGCUCUCUAUGAAGCCAAAAAGGACAUUAAUAUGCAGUCAUCCUCUAUAGUUUUGUAUAAAACAGCCUGCCUUUCACAACAUUAGAAGAUUAAGAUAUAAGUUACUUUGUAACUAAUGAUGAGGGUACAACUAUAAAGUAAUAUGCCAAAGUAACAGCUAACUCUAAAAAAUGGAAUGAAAAUACAAAGGGAUAGCAGCAUUAAUCAGAUAAUAAGUUAUUAACUUGAACUAUAAACUCGAACAAGCUUAUCUGUUAUAUAUUGUUUGAGUGGCCCUGUCUGUCUCCAUCAGCGACAGUUGUAUGUUCUUUACACAUAAAAUCAUCAAUUAGUAUAUUUAGUACAGAUAUAUUUUCCUAUAGAUAUAUGUGCUUUCAAAAAUUCUUGAUGUUCUCUUCUCACCUUUCCCCUUGUAGACAAUCACCACCUCUGCCUGCCAAAGCCUUGAAUCAAAACAAUUCUUGUUUUUUUUUUUACAAUGUUUUGUUUUUCAAAUAAAAGGUUAUAUUUUCUAGCAUGUC